AAUAUAUCCUAUAAUAUAUUGCACAUAUAGCGCAUUAAAUAUGAAAAAAUUCCAUGAAUUAUAGUACUUUCAAAACCGUAAAUUGUACUUAUUUACCCAAGGCAUUAAUUACAUCUUAUAUCAAUACAAAAAUCUAUAUAACAUUGAUAACAAUGCUAUCUUAACCUCCUUUUUGGUUUGUGCCAAUUAAUAAAUUGCUGCGAUAAAUUUUGUAUUAUUAUCAAAAUAACGAAAAAAAAUGUGCGAUAAGUUUUUAUAUUUUGCAUAUGGGAGUAAUAUGUUAACAAAAAGAAUUCAUAUUAAUAAUCCAACUGCAAUACGAAGAAAUAUUGGUUUUUUAAAAAAUUUCAGGCUAGACUUCAUAACACAUUCCAAAAGGUGGGGUGGAUGUUCUGCAACAAUUGUUCCUACAGAAAAUUCUGUUGUAUGGGGAGCAAUAUGGGAAUUACAUGGGUCCAACAUGUCUACAUUAGAUGAGCAAGAAGGUGUUGCAGACAAGUUGUAUUUUCCUUUAAUGGUUGAUGUACAUACACCAAGUGGUAAUAUAUUAAAAUGUAGAGUGUACCAACAAUGUAACAAUCCAAAUGAACAUGUAAAUUUAUGUUCAUUACCAAAACACAGAAGACCCUCACCAUUAUACCUGGAAACAAUACUAACAGGUGCAAAAGAAAGUAAAUUACCUCAUGAUUACAUAAAAUGUUUAGAAACAAUACCACAUAAUGAAUAUGAUGGAGAAUAUGAUAUUGGCCUGCCGUUGAAAGAAGUUUAGUACCGAUAAUCUGCCGAUUUUGUAAACGCUUUUGGAUUGCUGGUUCAUUUACUGCUAUAUCAAAAGCUUCGUCGGCCGACAACUUAUCCAGCUUAUAUCUAGGUAUCUUGAAUUUUUUGUAAAACUUUCCAUUUACCUAAUUACAUAUAUAAAUAUUAUAAUCAUGAUAUAUUUUUGUAGUAUUACAUAUUAUAUUUUUAUUGAUAAAACUUAUCAUUAUUAAUGUAAAUUAACAACAUUCUUAAUACAUGAAAUACGUGCAAAGAA